AAAAAAAAAAAAAAAAAAAAAAAAAAAAAUACAAGGAAAAAAGGGCUCUCUGUUUUGCGCUUUUAUCUAUGCUUGUGUCCUUCUCUCGCAUUUGGUUUCGAAUUUCUGGUUAAUGAAGUCGCCUAAUCGAUCCACUCAAUUCCCAAGACUCCAUAAACACGACCUCCUAAAUCCAAAUUCUAUCAUGUUUUCCUGCCCAUUCUAGGGUUUCUUGCCUUGGCCAUCUUUGCCUGUACUGUACUCUCCUAGGGUUUUUAAACCAGAACAAACAAGGAAAUAAAAAAGAAAAAAAAGGCUAAAGCUCGGGAAGCCCGCUAAUCGAGCUCAUACAGGCGCCGUUGUUAAUUGUCUAAAUUAGUCGAGCUAUAUUUCGUUUUCGGUUUGUUAUUUGGUACAGCAGGUGAUUAUCGUUAGGAUCGGUUAAGGAGCCAAGAUCUCAGCUUAAUUUUGAUGAUUGAAGGUGGUUAUGACAUUAUAUUAGCUUCAGGCUGCCAAGAUCGAGCAUUGUUGGAAUGGUUGUAGGAAUUAAUCGGAAAGAGGAAGAACCGCUGUCUCAAAAAUGCAUUUCGCGAAGCUCGACGACUCUCCUAUGUUUCGCAAGCAGAUACAAUCCUUGGAGGAAAGUGCUGAAUUGUUAAGAGACAGAAGUUUAAAGUUCUACAAAGGAUGUCGGAAGUAUACUGAAGGAUUAGGAGAAGGAUAUGAUGGAGACAUUGCCUUCGCUAGUGCUCUAGAAACUUUUGGUGGAGGGCAUAAUGAUCCUAUCAGUGUGGCUUUUGGAGGUCCUGUUAUGACCAAAUUUACCAUAGCCUUGAGAGAAAUUGGGACAUACAAGGAAGUCCUUCGAUCGCAGGUGGAGCAUAUGCUGAAUGACAGAUUAAUACAAUUUGUCAAUAUUGAUUUGCAUGAGGUCAAGGAAGCAAGGAAGCGUUUUGACAAGGCUAGCCUUCUUUAUGAUCAGGCCCGUGAGAAGUUUCUGUCAUUGAGGAAGGGCACAAAGAAUGAUGUGGCUACUCUGUUGGAGGAGGAGCUUCAUACUGCAAGAUCUGCAUUUGAGCAAGCUCGUUUUAAUCUAGUGACAGCUCUUUCAAAUGUUGAAGCAAAAAAGAGGUUUGAAUUCUUAGAGGCUGUCAGUGGGACAAUGGAUGCACAUCUUCGUUACUUCAAACAGGGAUAUGAAUUGUUGCAUCAAAUGGAGCCAUAUAUAAAUCAGGUUUUGACUUAUGCUCAACAAUCAAGGGAGAGGUCCAACUAUGAGCAGGCAGCUCUCAAUGAAAAGAUGCAAGAGUUCAAAAGGCAGAUUGACCGUGAAAGCAGAUGGUCUUCCAAUGGUUCUAGUGGAUCUCCUAAUGGAGAUGGUAUCCAAGCCAUCGGCAGAAGUUCGCAUAAAAUGAUAGAGGCAGUUAUGCAAUCUGCUGCAAAGGGAAAGGUUCAAACCAUCAGACAAGGAUAUCUGUCAAAACGUUCCUCAAAUUUGCGAGGUGACUGGAAAAGGAGGUUUUUUGUUCUUGAUAGCCGAGGAAUGUUGUAUUACUAUCGCAAACAAUGCAGCAAAUCAUCUGGCUCUGGUAGUCAACAUUCUGGUCAAAGGAAUAGUUCUGAGCUUGGAACUGGACUGUUGAGUCGGUGGCUUUCUUCUCAUUAUCAUGGUGGAGUGCAUGAUGAAAAAUCUGUUGCUCACCACACUGUGAACCUUCUUACAUCCACAAUAAAGGUUGACGCUGACCAGUCAGACCUGCGGUUUUGCUUCAGGAUUAUUUCACCAACAAAAAACUACACCUUGCAGGCAGAGAGUGCACUGGAUCAAAUGGAUUGGAUUGAAAAGAUAACAGGGGUUAUUGCUUCACUUCUCAGUUCUCAGGCUCCAGAAAGGUGUCUGCCUGCUAGUCCCAUGGGAAGUGGUCAUCAUCGGUCUGCCAGUGAGAGCAGUUCAUUUGAAAGUGCUGACUUUGACCACUCUGCCGUUGAUGAAUUUACAUGUGAGAGGAGCCUUGCUGGUGGACAUCAUGAACGACCAUUGAGAAUUUCACAACAGCAACGAUCCAAUGCGGAGAAGCCAAUUGACGUGUUGCAAAUAGUACGCGGGAAUGAUAAAUGUGCUGAUUGUGGCGCCCUGGAGCCAGAUUGGGCAUCCCUAAAUCUUGGUGUUCUUGUUUGCAUAGAGUGUUCUGGUGUUCACCGUAAUCUUGGUGUACACAUAUCGAAGGUAAGGUCCCUCACACUUGAUGUCAAAGUAUGGGAGCCUUCUGUUUUAAGUUUGUUUCAGUCUUUAGGAAACGCAUUUGCAAACUCAGUCUGGGAGGAAUUAUUGCAAUCAAGAAGUACCUUUCAGGUCGAUCUCAUCCCCGCAGGUUCAUACAAGCCUGAUAAAUCACAGCUGCAUUUUAUUGGAAAGCCCAGUCCUGGUGAUUCUAUAUCAGUUAAAGAGAAGUUUAUCCAUGCAAAGUAUGCAGAAAAGCUUUUUAUUCGCAAACCUAGAGAGAGUCAAUAUCCUCAUUCAGUGUCACAACAGAUGUGGGAAGCUGUUCGUGUUAAUGACAAGAAAUCUGUGUACCGUCUUAUUGUUAAUAAUGAAGCAGAUGUCAAUGCUAUGUAUGACCAAUCAUCAAGUAGCUCUUCUCUAACUCUUGCUAAAGUGAUGCUACUGCAAGAGCAGACAGGCCUUGAUCACUGCUCUAGCUGCUCAACAGGGAAUUCAUUAGAUAGGUCCUCCACAAGCUCUUUAAAUUUGGCUGGUACAGGUGAAGGUCAGAUCUUGGAGGAUCUAGAUGGCUGCUCCUUGCUUCACCUGGCUUGUGAAACUGCAGAUAUUGGCAUGUUAGAACUCCUCUUACAGUAUGGAGCAAAUAUAAAUGCUACCGACUCAAGAGGUCAGACGCCAUUGCACCGUUGUAUUCUUAGAGGCAAAGCUGCAUUUGCAAAGUUGCUCCUUUCAAGGGGAGCAGAUCCUCGGGCUUGCAAUGUGGAGGGUAAAACACCGCAUCAGCUUGCAAUUGGGUCAAAUUUUGACACGGAUGUGCUUGCGAUGCUGUCCGACUCAAAUGGGUGACAUGCUUAGAAAAGACAAAUAAUUAAAGGCCAAUUACAAUUGAGGUUAGGGAGUUGGAAAUUGAUAAUGGUAUUGCUUUUUAUGUAAGUAUAUUUUGUAAGUUGAAGAGCUGGGUUAUCCAUUGAAGAUGUGAGCAAUGUUUGAAACAGAAGAGGACGGUGGUAGGUUGGCAUGCCUGCCCCAAAGGUAUGUAUGCAAAUUAGUCCCUCAGGGUCAGGGUUACAUCUUUAUACUGCCCCCAUUCCGAGUUGAUAGCAGCUUGAAGCUUUCGGCCAAAGGGGCUCUUGUAAUGUGAUUUGUUUUGCCUAAUCAGCUUUGUUUGGUUCCUUUUGCGGUGGAGCUGUGAGGAUUUAGUUUAGGGCAUUUGUGUAUUUGUACAUUGGUUUAUUUUAGUGAAGCGCUAUUGUUGCUGUAAUCCCCUGAAUGCAUUGUUUGAUUUUUCUCUCUUUAUGCGUUUCAGACUAUCCAACUGUGGUGAAAA